GCAAUUAGAAUGCAGGUAUCUCCCGGCGUGACUCAACUCAGCGGAAAGGGAGGUUGUUGUAAUCGCUUUAUCGCAUGUAUGCAUAUAUCGAGAUAACUGACCCUACCCUUGCUCGCACACCAUCGCCAUGCUGCGUUUGAAAAUCUUGGCUUCUCUUGCUCUUUUUCAUGAUCACGGCGCCAGAAUAUUUUCUCUCCAAGGCGACAGAAUUGUUCAGUCUCAGAGGCUACUUCCCUCUUGACAUCACAACAGCGAGAAUGACGUCAUCAGAUAUAGAGAGGCACGACACGGACGACCAUGAGCUCCUCAACAGCAUCAGAGACGACCAACCCCUCCUUCGUGCCCCAGACGAAGAAACAUGGUCGCCCCCUCGGGGGUUCCUCUGGAUACAAGUCGCCAUCAUGUCGAAUGUUUUCCUGUACGGAUUCGACGGCACCAUCACCGCAGCGACCUACGCCAUCAUCAGCUCCGAAUUUGAUGCGGCGAACAAUGCCUCCUGGCUUACCACGUCGUAUCUCCUGACCAGCACUGCAUUCCAGCCGUUGUACGGAAGGGUUUCUGACAUCUUUGGCCGCCGCGUGUGUUUCUUCAUCUCGACUGUGACUUUUGCAUUGGGAUGUCUUGGUUGUGGGAUUGCUGGGAAUGUGGUGCUGCUUAAUUGUAUGAGGGCUUUGACUGGGUUUGGGGGUGGUGGGUUGAUGACUAUGGCCACCAUUGUCAACUCGGAUAUGAUCCCGUUCCGCAAACGGGGUAUGUACCAGGCUCUUCAGAACGGCAUGUUUGGAUUUGGAGCUAUUUGUGGUGCUUCUUUUGGUGGAACUAUUGCCGACGGUAUUGGUUGGAGAUGGUGCUUCUUGCUGCAAGUGCCCAUCUCUGCUUUUGCUCUUGUUGUUGGUGCUUUGGUAAUCAGGAACCCCGAAGGAGGGUUUGACUUGGGUCAGGGGUUUCGAGAUAUCUGGACCAAGGUGGACUUUUCGGGCGCACUGCUGCUGGUUUUGGCCAUCUCUAUUCAGCUUGUUGGUCUGAGUCUUGGGGGGAAUGAGCUGCCAUGGGGGAGUCCCUGGGUCAUUGCCUCCUUGGUGGGUAGUGCCGUUUUAUUCGUCUUGUUUCUGGUGGUGGAAUCGAGGACUCGGGCCAUCCCCAUCAUUCCGCUGCGUCUGAUCAAGGGCAAAUUCCCUUUGCUGGUGGAAUUUGCCAAUAUCUGUGUUGGUUUGUCAGCCUACGCGUACCUCUUCAACCUUCCACUAUUCUUUCAAGUUGUGUUGCUGGACUCGGCUACGGCUGCCGGUGCUCGGCUCGCCAUCCCAUCCCUCGCCACACCUAUUGGCGGCUUGAUAGCCGGUGUUGUCAUGUCAAGAUGGGGCAAGCUCCUCACUCUGGUACGCACUGGAGCGUUCCUCAUGGUUAUAGGAAACGCCUUGGUGACCUCACUCGGUUUUGAGGAUUCAGCUUGGAAGUACUACGUGUACAUCUUCCCGGCAAAUUUGGGUCAAGGCAUUGUUUACCCAGGCAUUCUGUUUACCUCUUUAGCUACCUUCGAUCAUGCCGACCAUGCCGUUUCAGCCUCGACGGUGUACUUGAUCCGAUCGCUAGGAACAGUCUAUGGAGUGGCAGUGACAUCUGCAAUCCUCCAAACCACGCUCAGCAUUCGGUUACCCGAUUCUUUGGGCGAGAUACCAGAUAAAUGGAGAAUUGUCGAAGAGAUCCGUCAUUCGGUGUCGGCCAUCCGAGACCUGCCGCCCGACAUCCAACUCAAGGCACGACAUGUCUACUUUGAAGGCCUUCGAUACUCGUUUGCGACAUCUACUGCGGUGGCAGUCGCGGCUGAGGUGUGCAUCACCCACUGA